GACUGCUGCUAGCUGAGGUUAGUGAAACUCACGCAAUCACCGUCAGACUCAACUCCGACAAAGUGCAGCUUCCUCCCGGUAAAUAUCCACAAUCCAGAUCAGACAUUAGCGCAUAAACGGUGGAGGAUCAGAGCACAGCUGAGAGAAAAUGUUUUUUGCCAAGAAGUUCAUCAGUGGCAUCAUCGAUGUCGUCAGCAACAUCGACGUAGACCAGUUUGUGCCCUCUGACCCUCCUCCACCACGCAGGCCGGCCGUGUACGCAGAGCAGCAUGAGAGCGACGAGGAGAAACAGUUUCGCAGAGUCUUCCAGCAGCUCGCUGGAGAAGACAUGGAAGUGAGCCCGACCGAGCUGAUGAACAUCCUCAACAGAAUCAUUUCAAAGCGUGACGACCUGAAGACGGAUGGUUUCAGCAUUGAGUCUUGCAGGAGCAUGGUGGCAGUCAUGGAUAGCGACAGCACCGGGAAACUCGGCUUUCACGAAUUCAAACACCUCUGGAACAAUAUAAAGAAAUGGCAGGGAGUGUACAAAUCCUAUGACGCGGACGGCUCCGGUGUCAUCGGUGCAGACGAGUUGCCAAGCGCAUUCAGAGCCGCAGGUUUCCCUCUCAACGAUCAGCUGUUCGACCUGAUAAUCCGCAGAUACAGCGACGAAAGCGGGAACAUGGAUUUCGACAACUACAUUGGCUGCCUCGUGAGGCUGGACGCCAUGUGCCGUGCCUUCAAAACCCUGGAUAAGGACAACAAUGGGACUAUCAAAGUCAACGUUCAGGAGUGGCUUCAGUUGACCAUGUACUCUUGAGUCCGGGACGAGGCCUCUCCUGCGUGUCAUACAGAAACCACUUUGUUUGUCUGCACAGUACAAAAUACUUUUUUUCAACCAUCCCUACAACUUCCUGUUAGUCAGCGAAUCCCUUGUGUGUGCAGGUUUAUUUCAAAUGUUAAAAAUGUAAUGCCAAGUGUGCAAUAUUCCAUAAUACUUGCAAGACAGGGUUGGUACUGUGUUACCGGUCGGGAGAAACACAAACCUGCACUCACAAUCGAUAGCUGAGGAUUUAAAAAACAUGAAUGCUACUGAAUGUUCUGGACACGUAUGUAGCCAACACGAUUAAGGUGCCACUUAUUUGCUUUUUUAACCUGCCUCAAGCCAAAACUACACACGAGGAAGCAGGCCAACGUUAAGAUGCUUUUACACCGUGAAAUUUAUGGGAAAAAAAAUUAACUAAUGUGAAGGCUCCUGUUCAUGCGUGGCUGGGUCUGGUUUCACAAAGAUUAAAAGGUUACAGGCAAAUGAGGAAAUACUGCUGAAGGCCAGUUUAAGAAAUAAAGAGUGACAUUGUUUUACAUACCUGACUGAACUGUUUGUCACCUGCUGACAAAAACAGGAAAGCCGGCUCACUCGUCACAGGUUUUCUGUCGGAGUGAACACAGAUUAACAGUGUUAAACUAGUUAGGCGGCCCAUGUUUUUUGUUUUUAAUGGCCACACACACCACUUAUCUCUUUAAUGAUGUUCUUCUCAGAACUGUGUAGGCGUGUACGGACUGCUUGAUUGACAUCCCUGUCUCUCCACUGUUCGUUUUGUCCUACCUGUUAGACAGGUCAUUGUACACCUUUCGGGUUCAUGUUAGUACAAGGUUCUUGGUGACUUUGGAAAUUCUUAGCAGCUUCACUCAAUAACCAGCUUGCACGUUCACUAAGAAUCACAAGGGUGUAGAUUGUCCCACCCAAACAGGUGUGACAAAACUGUCGGUGUGUAUACGCCCGUGAAGCCACGAGAAGAGAUGUAUUUGGGUCAGUGUGUCAUGUCUUUAGGAGAUAGCCAUGUUCAUUGUCUUUGUGAAACAAGCCCCAAGUUCACUGACCGGAGAGUAAAGUAGAUAUUUCAAUCUAGGUGAACUUGCAUCAGCCUAUUGCAAGUUAAUUAUGGUUUAUUAAUGACUAAUACACUCCAUUAUGCUUGCAUCAGAGUUGCACUGUUACUGUAUAUGCAUAGGAGUCAGGAAUGCCAGUUUGUUUAUGUCUGGGCAGCCUAAUAUUUUUCCAUUUAAUGUUUCAUGCUGGUUAGUUUAACUUGGCCGCGGCAUUAUCUAUGUCUCAGCUUCCACUUUACUUUUCUUACCACUGUGUUCUUUAUUCAGACUUCCUGCACCGGAAAAAAUUCCAGCACAAUAUGUAAAUUGAAGAUAUAUAACGUUAUAACGUGUAUGCCACUAAUGCAUGAAGCCAAUAUUAAAGGGUUUUUAACCAUGUAGUUUUAGCCACAGUCAUUAAACUGUUAAAAUGCUUGGUGAAAUAAAUACGUGUGCCAUAUUUGAAAUAAAAGGGGUAUGUUAAA